AUGGAACAAUACGUCCUAUCUGGCAUAGGCCUUGCCGCUAUACAAGAAGAAGCUCAACAAAUAAACUUCGAGCCCACACCUGGACCAUCUACGGCGCCGGAUUCUUAUGCGCGCGUGGCAGCGGCACCAAUAACGGCACCGCCAUCUCUACCACCACCAGCAUCAAGGCGAAAACAAUCCACAGAGAGGCGAACGGCCAAAUACCCACCCCUUAAAAGAGCAACUACAACUCUCUUCCCGCACUGUCUCUACGGGGUGCUGAUACGAUGCCCGCUGGUGGAAAGGAAGAAGCUGAAGAAGGCUGAAAAGGAAACUCGAUUCCCUGACGGAAGUGAUAUUGGAAGCAAUAAGAGCGCACAGGUGAGAAACUGA